CGCUUAAAACCAGUAAAACUGUACGGGUUAAAGAAUUCUUCGUUACGACCUAAUGAAUUGGAUAAAACUCGUAAGGCUUCAUUUCUGGUCCAGGUUGGAUAAAAAUAGUACUGGGUGUGCACAUGUUACAAGAAACAGGCAAUCUUGCAAACGAGACUCAAAUUUUUAGAAAAAUUUAGUAGGGUUGAAUCAAUUUCAAAAGGUGACCUAGUGAGCGAAUCGAAAUCUGUCUUUUUGAUUGUUGAUUCCAACAUUUUAAAAUUAAACAUCACCACUGUGUAAAUAUUGGGUGCUUAAAAUGAUCUAUUUUUAUCUACUUUUUAUGAGUUUGGAUGUUUGAUAUUUCUAACCCCUAUUAUGGUUUGAUUAUUAUUUUCGGACAACCGUUGACAAUUGGAUACCAUUGUUUUUUUAACUGUGGUUGUUAAAUAUCGUACCAUGUGAGUGUAUGUCAAAAAAUCACGUGCUAAUAGUGUGAGGAUUUGCUUGCUCCAUCCAACUGAAAAGGUAUAUAUAUAGCUAGCGUUACCAAGAUCAGAAAAAUAUAGUUCAUUCGCAAAAAAUGGCAAAUGUAGCAAUUAUUGGUGGCGGCCCAUGCGGGAUGUCACUGCUAUCUGCUUUUCGUAGUGCAGAAAGGAGUGGUGAAAAGAUACCCAAUAUUGUUUGCUUUGAAAAACAAAGUUCAAUAAGUGGCUUAUGGAAUUACAGUUGGAAGCAUGGUUCAGAUGAACAUGGUGAGUAUGUCCACAAUAGCAUGUAUCGUACCCUCUGGUCAAACGGACCUAAAGAAUGCUCGGAAAUGGCAGACUACACUUUUGAGGAACAUUUUGGAAAAGCCAUACCAUCUUAUCCACCAAGAGCUGUGUUGCAGGAUUAUCUACUAGGUAAAGCUAAGAAACACAACAUUUCAGAAUUUGUUCGUUCGAACACAGUCGUAAGAACAGUAAAAGAAAAAGGAGACAGAUUUACGGUAUCCUACGAAGAUUUGGUUAAUAAGACGCAUGGGGAGGACACAUUUGAUUAUGUUGUGGUAGCUACAGGUCAUUACUCAGUACCACAUAUACCAAUUUAUCCUGGAAUCGAUCAAUUUCCUGGCAGAGUUCUUCAUAGUCAUGAUUUUAGAAAUGCAGAAGAAUUUAAAGAUCAAACCAUUGUUUUACUUGGCUCCAGUUAUUCUGCAGAGGAUAUUGCACUCCAAUGCUACAAAUAUGGUGCUAAGAAAUGCAUUAUAUCAUACCGAUCGAAACCAAUGGGUUACAACUGGCCUGAACAAAUAAAAGAAGUUCCACAACUCCAAAAAAUUGAAGGAAAGACUUUUCAUUUUGCAGAUGGAAGUUCUAUUAACGCCGACUCCUUGAUUAUGUGCACUGGAUAUCAACAUUUUUAUCCAUUCUUAAGUGAAAGAAUCAAGUUAUCUGCCACCAAUCACCUUUACAUUGACAAAUUAUACAAGGGUGUAAUAUUUGAGGAUAAUCAUAAACUAAUAUAUCUUGGUGCACAAGACCAAUAUUACACUUUCACAUUGUUCGAUGUUCAAGCUUGGUUUGCAAGAGAUUUUAUCCUUGGGAAGAUAAAAUUACCGAACGUCAAAGAAAUGAAGGCGGACAUGGAGAGUUGGAUGACUCGUUUUAGUGGCUUAACUACACAUGCUGAAGAGAUAGAUUUUCAGAGCGACUACAUUAAAGAUUUGCUAAGGGUUACAAACUAUCCUCAACAUGACGUCGACAAAAUGAAUGCUGCUUUUAAACAAUGGAAGGAUGACAAACGAAAAGAUAUUUUGACGUAUCGAGAUAUUCCUUUCACAUCUGUCAUAACUGGCACACCUUCUCCGGAAAUGAAAGUUGCUUGGUUGAAGGCAAUGGACUCAUCGUUGAACUGGUUUGUGAACGAAAGUUUAAAAAUAAAUGUGGAAAGUAAGAAAAGCAUUGGGUAGACUUUUAUGGAAAAGCUUUUUUAAAAACUAGAUUUUAAAUAAGUUUUUUUUUUAUUUUACUUUAGGAUUCUUAUAAAUUUAAUAUUGGGCUUAGAUCGCUAAGCAAUUUGUGAUAUUUAUUACUGGUAUUGUCUGGUAAGUAAAAAAUUCUGAACGAAACGGGUAAUGUUGCAACAUUGAGACAUUUAUCAAGUAGAAUCCUUCUAUAUAUUCUGGACAUGUGAUUGAUCCGACUUUUCGAAUUUUACCCCAUAAUCGGGAAAAAUCGGAUUUCCGGCAAUUUUUUGCUAUUUUUAAUGCGAACUAUGUCAAAUCGAAAAAUAUAUUGAAUAAAUUUUAUUUAGCUUUCAGAACCUUUAAACAGAAUGUGAAAAUUCGCUCUAGAACUAAAGUAAUUGAAUUUUAAGCAGAUAAACAAAUCUUAUGCUAUCGACGACGUCACAGAAAAAGUACUGACAUAAGCAAAAAUUAAUUUUGAGUUAAAAACUUGAGAAUUAUUCCAAAACAAAUGACAAGAACUUCGAAGGGCUUAAUAAAUUCCUUCGAAUUUUUUUUAUAAUGUAACAAGCUACUUGACUUGGUAAUCAAUUUAAGUUUAACAGAAUGUUCAUAGAAACGAAUAAGAAUGUUCAAGAUAUCAAUUCUAAUGUCAUUGGUUCCAGUAAGUGGUGGCUUUCCGGACUGUAAUUUGCAGUUUAAGACCUCUAUAAGAAAGUAAAUACAUUAAUCACUCUAGCAUCCAUUCUUAGAAACAACUCCUUGUUUGUUUGAUUCAUUUCACAAAUAAGGAAUGACAGCAACAGGAAUUUACAUUGUCUUGAACCGCUCUUAAACUAUCAUAUUUUAUAUUCUAAAUGAUACAUGACCAUGUCAAUACCUGUCGUACCGAACUAUUAUGUAUUUUUGAUUGUGUAUUAUCGUUUUUGAUUAUCUGCUGUUUUUCUGUGGUGAGACAAAUGCUGUAGAUGCUUCUCCAAGUUGGCAGGUAUUCAGUAAUAUGAAACUUCUUUAUGUAUUAAUAGGGACCUCCAAGUGACAGUGAUAGUCAGCUGUCUUUUUCAUUGUGUGUGGGAUGUGACGACGUUUCUUUUUUAUGGACAACUUAGUUAUUAAUAUUAGGAAUGAAUUGCUUGUAUUACAAGUCAUCGCUAAGUAGUUAGUUAAUGAGAAUUCUCAGUUUGGCUACUUUACGAAUUGUUGAUAAGGCUUAUGCCUGGAGUGUGCAGAGGAGAGCCUGUAAACACAAUGAAAGACCGACAUAUGUUUACUUCUUUUGAAGAAUCACCACAGCUUCCUGUUUCUUUAAGUUGUACCUUUUAUCUACAGAUUUCUUUUUUUAGAUUUGAUUCAUUUAAAUUACUGUAUUUACUUUACUAAACAAAAGAUAUUUUAUAAUUUUUGACUUCAGGGUGUGGCGUCCAUUCAAGGAAGGCGCCCUCCUGCAUUUGUUUGAAAGGACAUUGACAUAAAUUUAAAAUUUUUAUGCGAAUUAAAAAAGAAAGAAGGAGAAAUUAUUAACAACUUUAAUUUAGAAAUUUUUAGUUUAUCUGAAAUCCAUGUAUCACAACAAUAUGUCGGUGGAUGUACCAUAUCCUAGGACUAACCUAAAAAAGGAAUGAGAUUGUAAAAAUCUAAC